AUGACGCUCGUCCAACGCGCCAUCAACGCGGCUGCCAUCAAGGGCUCCGAGCGCCGUCCUGGCGAGUCGCGCGGCAACUCGAUGCUCCGCAACGCCGACUUGCUCCCCGUCGCCCCCGAGCGCCGUACUUGGGGAUGGAGGGACUUCUCCGCCUUCUGGAUCUCAGACGGUCUUAACCUCAACACUUUCAUGAUCGCUUCCACUGCCGUCUCGGCUGGUCUCACCUGGUCCCAGGCUUGGGCUGCCAUUAUUGUGGGCUACUUCCUCGUCGCUUUCAUCAUUGUGGCAGCUGCCCGCAUCGGUGCAGUCUACCACGUGUCGUUCCCCAUCCUUGCGCGAAGCACUUUCGGUGUUUGGGGUGCUAUCUGGCCUAUCAUCAACCGUUCGGCAAUGGCCGCCAUCUGGUACGGUGUUCAGUCUUUCAUCGGAGGUCAAUGUGUCACCCUGGUUCUCGAGAGCAUCGCCCCUAGCUACCGCAACAUCCCCAAUCACCUUCCCGAGAGCUCCGGCAUCACCUCGAGGGACUUUUUAUCGUUCUUCCUGUUCUCGCUCAUCUCGCUCCCCUUGGCCUGCCUGCACCCUAGCAAGAUCCGAUUCUUCUUCAACUUCAAGGCAGUGGUUGUCCCCAUCGCCGCUAUCGCCUUCUUUGCCUGGUCCAUCGUCGGUGCCAAGGGUCUCGGCCCCAUCGUUCAUCAGCCCGCCACUCUGCACGGCUCCAAGUUCGGCUGGCAGUUUGUUGCUUCGUUGAUGUCCUGCAUCUCCAACAUGGCUACUCUUGCGCUCAACAUCCCCGAUAUCUCAAGGAUGGCUAAGGAUAAGCGCUCGGUCACCUGGUCGCAGUUCCUCGCCAUCCCUCUCACCUUUUCGAUCACCUCAUUCCUCGGAAUCAUCAUCGCUUCUUCGAGUCAGGUCAUCUACGGCAAGCUCAUCUGGAGCCCAGUCGAGCUUCUCGGGCAGCACUUGACUGUGAACCCCACUGCUGGCUCUCGCGCUGGUGUCUUCUUCAUCGCUUUCGCCUUUAUCAUCGGUCAAAUUGGUGUCAACAUCGCUGCCAACUCGCUUUCCGCUGGUCACGAUCUCGCAGCCGCCUGCCCGCGCUACAUCAACAUUCGACGAGGCUCGCUUCUUUGCUGCGCUGUCGGCUUCGCCAUGUGCCCCUGGAACCUGCUGAAGGACAGCAACAACUUUGCCACGUACCUGUCGGCCUACUCUCUCUUCCUCUCGAGCAUCAGCGGCACCAUGAUGGCCGAUUACUACAUUGUCAAGCGCGGUGUGCUCGACAUGCCGUCGCUCUUCUCGGCCAGCUCGGGUCGCACCGACAGCGCGGCUCCGCACAUGUACCACUACUGGAACGGCAUCAACUUCCGCGCGUUUGCGGCGUACAUUGCCGGUAUCGCCAUGACCGUCGCUGGAUUCGCCGGUGUGCUUGGCGCCAACGUCUCGGAGACCGCACACAGGAUGUACAUCCUGGCGUACCCGCUUGGCUUCAUGGUCAGCGGAGGGGUGUACGUUGCGCUCUGCGAGUUGUGGCCCGUUCCUGGCGGCGUCUCGGUGCGCGAGCACACGCGUUUCCUGGAGCCCGAGAGCUGGGAGGCCGACAUGAUCGAGGGCAGCGACUUGGCCAAAGAGCUCCCCACCGAGUCAAACCAGACCACCAGCGACGAUGUCGAGAAGAGCUCGGCGGACUUCAAGGGCGGUGUGCCAGCUGGCCAGCAGCAGUCGCUCGAGGUGUCUGACUACUACUUGCAGCAAAAGUGA